UGCACUUUGAUUAACAAAGCUGUUGUCUUUAAAAGUAUUGAAAAUGUUUUUGUCUGUCAUUCGACCGGUCUGAGAAAUGUCAGAAUUCACCAUAUUCGUUAGGCCAUUUUUCUGUGAAAUGUUGCCCAAUGUUGGGAAGGCAUAAUAAUGUGUGCUGCUGAGCAGAAUAUUUUUUUUUUUUGAUGAAGUUACGAGAAAUUAUGAUAAAUACAACUUACUUUUAUGUACAAACAAAAUAUCACAGAGCAUUGAGCAGGAUUGGCAACCUUUUAAAUGUCUCAUGUCAAUUUACAAGAUUUGUCGGCUUUUUUAUACUUAGUAGUUUUUCUUUUACUGCAAAAAAGCGAUAAACACCGAGAUAAUAAGAGGAAACUUUGUUUUAUUGAUGCUCCUCCUCCUCCUCUUUGCAACUGGAUUUGUUUCCCCGACAUAGAGAAAAUCAUUGAACAAAACACACACAAACCCACACCCAUGCACGAUGGAAUGAAUGAACAAAAGGUUGUCGCCACAAUACAGGUGGGAUUGAAAACAUUAUUGGCAAACAACAAGGCUAUCGAUGGGCAUGUCAGACUUUGGAACUAUAUACAAAAAUAACUGCAGAACUCCAUAACAUAGCAGAUGAAGUGGCGAACAAACAAACAGAUGAACAAUGGCACAAUCAGCACCCUGGAGAGCGCUGCGGCAACUAGGACACACACCUGGGGCAAAAGCUCUCAACCCUUACGGUGCAUUUCUCACACAAAGGGUGCUUGCAUCCCUUGCAGGAGAGAAGGGUCUUGUUUUGCUUGUUGUUGAUCUGACACUGCCUCCUUUUCGACUCUUGUGGAUGCUGUGGCUCCAUGGGCACCGACGUCAGACUGGCCUUGGCAUGCAGGUGUUCCUCUUGCAGUUGCUUUGCCAGCUGAAGUAUGAACGCUCUUCUGGGGAUGGUGAAGGUUAUAGAAGACAGAGACAGGCCACCUUCAGGUUGCACCUUUUACGGUGCACAUCACAUCAGACAUCAGGGCAAAUUUGUUUUAUUUAUGUUUUGCAGUCCCGAGCACAUGUGAGAAGGGGAAAGAUGAGACCAUCUGGAGAACCAUCUGGCCUAAAGGACAAUCCGCGGGCCUCACAGCUAACGCUAGGUGCAAUGUUAAGGACGCUAUGAGCGCUUUCUUGUGCUUGCUGGACAGUCAAAUGCUGCAGCACAUACGGGACUGCACUGUGGUUGAGGCUCGCCGUAUUGAGGCAGACAGCUCAUGGGAUCUCUCCAUUGCCGAGCUGAAGGCCUUCAUUGCCUUGCUGUACGUUAGAGGAGCAUACAACAAAAAUAUCGAGUUGGAGAGCUUUUGGUCUGAGGAAUGGGGACUGGCUUUCUUCAGGGCCACGAUGCCGAGGAACCGCUUCAGGAAGAUCAUACGCUACCUAAGCUUUGACAAGAAACACUACAAGCAGGCCAAAUUUGCCCUAACGUGUGAUGAGAUGUUCACCGUACAAGGUGCAACUGGAAGGUGGCCUGUCUCUGUGUUCUAUAACCUUCUGGACAUGGCUGCAGUAAAUGCCCAUGUCCUGUUCAAGGCAUGCACCUCAACCACCAUCCCCAGAAGAGCGUUCAUACUUCAGCUAGCAAAGGAACUACGAGAGGAACAUCUGCAUGUCAAGGCCAGUCUGACGUCGGUGCCCACGGAGCCACAGCAGCCAAAAGAGACGAAAAGGAGGCAGUGUCAGAUUAACACCAACUGCAAGCAAAACAAGACCCUUCUCUCCUGCAAGGGAUGCAAGCGCCCUUUGUGUGGGAAGUGCACCGUAAGGGUUGAGCACUUUUGCCCCUGGUGUGUGCGUUAGGAGCCGGGGUGCUCUCCAAGGUUCCGAUCGUGCCUUUGUUCAUCUGUUUGAUUGUUCACCACUGCAUCUGCCAUGUUAUGGAGUUCUGCAGUAAUUUUUGUAUAUAGUUCCAUAGUUUGACAUGCCAUAGAUGCCUUGUUGUUGUUUGCCAAUAAUGUUUUCAAUCUGACCUGCAUCGUGGCAAGAACCUGUUGUUCAUUCGCUCGCACGCGCGCAUCAAUAAAAACAGUUUCCUCUCAUUAUCUCGGUGUUUAUCUCUUUUUUUGCAGUGUUUUUAUUUAAAUGCAUAGCCUAAUAUAGCCAACAAUAACAAUUUAUAACUAAAAGUUAUGUAUUAUUUAUUAUUGUAGAAUGUGUUUUAGCAACGGGAGACAUGGAGCAGCAGUAAAAAAAAAACUGCACUAUAAAAAAGCCUGCAAAUAUUGUAAAUUGACAUGAGACAUUUAACACUAGAACCACCAAGACCGUCUGACAGAUGGUUUGGGUUUUUAUAAUACAAAUAACUAUUUUUAAAUAAAAACUACAAGCCUCUCAUCCUAUGACUUUUCUUAAAUAUGUGUCCUGUAUGUUUUCUGAAGCCUAUGUGUUACUAAAAUAAAACACACCAGACUUCUGAGCAUUUAUACCUCUAACCGCCGCUGCAGUCAUACAGACGUCAGUUGAAAAUUAUACAUUUCCCUGGAUUGUUUUCGCGCGUCGUUUUAUUUUUAUUAGUUAUAGACUUGCGCGGGAAUUGAACAAAGAGCAACAGAUCGAUAGGAGAUAUAUAGACAGAGCACAAUCGAUACAGAACAACGAUGGAGAGAGGAUCAGAAAUGC